UCCAGGGGAGUUCUCUUAUUCCAGUGAAGCAGGAAGUGUCUACCUGUGAACAUGUACAGACACUGACUCCGUAUCAAGGUGGAACGAGUAACAGCGAAGAGGCGGCCGAGGCGGGAGGACGAGGAACAGGAGCCGGGGGGUUAAAUUAAUUCCAGCACAUCGCUCCAUCCCCGCACUACCACCAUGCCUCUGGGACUGAGAGGGAAGUUGAAAAAGAAGAAGGAGGUCUCCUCCAAGUUAGUGGAAAGCGAAGAAGUGGAAAACCGGACAGCUGGGAGCAGUACGGCGAAAGACUCUGCCCAUGCCAACGGUGCCGCCGGUCUGCCACCCCCUCCAGUGAGCCUGCGCCCCAAACUGGUCUUCCACACACAACUGGCGCAUGGCAGCCCCACCGGCAGGAUCGAAGGGUUCACCAACGUCAAGGAAUUGUACGCCAAGAUCGCCGAUGCCUUCCACAUCACCGCGGAAGAGAUCUUAUUUUGCACCUUAAAUACCCAUAAAAUCGACAUGGAUAAACUCCUAGGAGGGCAGAUUGGUCUUGAAGACUUCAUCUUUGCCCACAUCAAAGGCUCGAAGAAAGAAGUUGACGUAUUAAAGUCAGAAGACGCUUUGGGGCUGACCAUUACGGACAACGGAGCAGGGGUUGCUUUUAUAAAGCGCAUUAAAGAAGACAGCAUCAUUGACAAAGUUAAAGUCAUAAACAUUGGAGACCACAUUGAAUCCAUUAACGGGAAGAACAUAGUAGGGUCGCGCCAUUAUGAAGUUGCCAAGAUGCUAAAAGAGCUGGAGAAAGGGCAGACGUUCACCAUGAAAUUAAUAGAGCCCUUAAAAGCCUUCGAAAUGAUUGAGCCAAGAUCAAGAGGAGGGAAAACAACAGAAGGAAAAAUUUCCACCGGACGAGAGACCCUCCGGCUGAGAUCUAAGGGUCCUGCCACAGUGGAAGAAAUGCCGUCUGCAUUCGAAGAGAAGGCAAUCAAAAAAGUGGACGACCUUCUGGAGAGUUACAUGGGCAUACGGGAUAUUGAGCUGGCCGCGACCAUGGUAGAAGCCGGACGAGACAAGAAUAACCCGGACGAGUUUGCGGUGGCCUUAGACGAAGCUCUCGGAGACUUUGCUUUCCCUGAUGAGUUUGUCUUUGAUGUCUGGGGGGCCAUCGGAGACGCUAAACAAGGACGCCUUUAAAGCGAAACAGCGACAUUUCAAAAUUUUCAAUAGAAUUUAAUCACCGCUCAACAGCACGACUGAUGUUAAUUUUAUAGUUCCGGUGUCUCUCCUGGAUAAAAUAGGCAGAGGGAUCCAUUAAUUUUAUGAACCAAAGUUUUAUUUUGUAUAUAGGUCUAGAUCAGUGUUUCCCAACCAGUGUUUCCCCCAGCUUUUGCAAAACUACAACUCCCAGCAUGCUCGGGCGCUCGCUGGUUGGGAAAUACUGUUCUAGGGGAAUAAACUGUGCACUUCUGACUUGUGAAUGUGUAAUGCAGGCUGGAGGUGUGAAAACACACACAGCUACCACUAAUGUACAUAGUUCUUAUAUGGCAUGUUCACAUUGGGACAAUACAAACUCCCCCUCUGUAUGUAUCUUAUGUGUAAAGUGGAGGAGAACUGUGAGGAAUGUGACGCACUCUUUCCUCUUAUUCUAGCUUAGUGUUUCCCAAACAGGGUGCCUCCAGCUGUUGUAAAACUACAACUCCUAGCAUGCCCAGACAGCCAACGGCUGUCUGGGCAUGCAGGGAGUUGUAGUUUUGCAACAAUUUUACAAUGUGAAUCGCUCUUUACUCUUAUUCUAGCAUACUGUUUCCCAACCAGGAGCCUCUAGCCGUUGGCUGUCCGCGCAUGCUGGGAGUUGUAGUUUUGCAACAGCUGGAGGCACCCUGGUUAAAAUCCACUGUUCUAGAUAAUUCAGCCAACCCUCUUGCCAUUCCAUGUUUGCUUUCUCCUGUGCAUUCCAGUCAAAUAAUGUAAUUCCAUGGCUAAAAGAUGCACAAAAGGACCUAUGUGAAGGAUGCAGGAGGGUACAUGCCGAUUACAGCAAUCCAAGGGUGCCUUUAUUUCCUACUUUAAAGGGGUUAACCAGGAAAAAAAAAAAUUUCAUUUAUCAACUGGCUCCAGAAAGUUAAACAGAUAUGUAGAUUACU